ACCGUCGACCUGUUCGGAUUAAGCGAAGUCGCGAGCGAUUCAGGCAGCACGUGGCAGCAGACUUUGCUUCUCCAGCCCGUAUGAACUCGUUCCUUUUCGUUCCUUUGCGCAAAAUCUUCAAUCUGACUUGACAACCGCGGCUGGGAUCACCGGGAAUUUCAGCAAAUGCUAACUCAUUCAAAACAAUUGCCCUGAAAACAGAUUUUUUUUUAAAAAAAAAGUUGUUCUGCCGUUAAUCGAAGUAGCCCGGAUCCAGUCGUUUUAUCGUCGUGGUUGGGGAAGAUGAGUCGAGAUUUUUAACCUGCCGGAGGGUUCAAUUUAGCUAACUUUGUGAGAUUCACGCAUUCCACCAUUCGAAAUACUGGGAUUAGUUGCAUCUUGAGUGUGUUUUUUAUUGGUUUGUUAAAUUGUGUCGUCGUCAGUGUUUGGUUGAUUCAGAUUUGAAAGUCAACCUUCGAAAGCAAAAUAGAGAGAAAAAAGUGUGUCGAUCAACCAUUAUUGUGACGUGAUAAUCGGGGUGAAGAAAUCGAAGCCAAUAGGCAAGAAACCGCAACAGCGAUCCUCCUGGCUCCUAGUAAGCUAGUUAGCUGACCGAAAACAGUUCCAGCGGGAACCUUUAUAUGGAUACAUUUAAUCGUUAUUCACGAUGAAUAACAAUGAACCCAACAAGCCGGCCAACAUCGACAUAGAGAAGGGACUGGUGGUGGAGAAUGAGCUAUCGAACUUCAGCAACAACGGCAGUCCAACAGCGACGUCACCAUCGAACGGCGGCGACGCGUCGUUAACAGCAGCAGCAGCAGCACCUGGCGACGGAGAUCAAGGUGGCAGCACAAGCAGUCCGCAAACGUCCGGGGACCGAGUCAGGCUAGUGUUUUUGUACGUGAUCCAGUUCGUCGGUUUCGGUGCUUCGGUCGCGGGAAUCGUUCUAGUGUGGUACUACAUGGGUUGGGAGUUCGGAUUGCCGGCGGUCCUGAUCGCCCUGUUGGCGGUGCUGAUUGCCAGCGGAAAGUGGCGCUGGUUCUACAUCGCCGCGCUGACCAUUCCUCGAGACGUAACAGCACUUAUCCGAUACGUCAAAUUGCUGAUACUGGUGAAAAAACAUGCAAGGCUUAACUCGACCAUUGCUGAUAUCUUUGCCGAAUAUGUAGCGAAACAGCCCGACAAACCCUGUUUCAUCUUCGAAGGCAGGGAGUGGACUUUUAAAGAGGUUAAUGACUACUCAAAUCGCAUAGCGAAUGUGUUCCAUUCGCAUGGAUACAAACAGGGUGAUGUGGUCGGUCUGCUGCUGGAGAACCGACCCGAGUUUGUGGCCACCUGGCUGGGUUUGUCCAAGUUGGGUGCAAUUAUUCCGCUGAUCAAUCAUAAUCUACGAAAGAACGCACUGGUGCAUAGUGUAACGGUCGCCAAAUGUAACGCCCUAAUCUACGGCGAGGCUCUCAGGGAUGCUGUAUCCGAAAUCACCGAAUCGCUUCCAUCGUCGACGGCUAUGUAUCAGUUCAAUGAUUCGGUUCAACAACCGGUGUUAUCAAACUCAAAAGAUUUGACCACACUGCUACAGGCAGCCUCCAAGGAACAACCGAACGCCCAGAAGCCAGGUCACCACGACAAGCUGCUCUACAUCUACACUUCCGGUACAACGGGACUUCCAAAGGCAGCCGUUAUCACCCAUUCGCGGUUCCUGUUCAUCACGGGAGCCAUCCACAUAGUGGCCGGAUUCCGAAACGAUGACAUCUUCUACACGCCACUUCCGUUGUACCACACAGCCGGCGGAAUGAUGAGCGUCGGCCAGGCACUGCUGUUCGGUGCCACCGUGGUCAUCCGGAAGAAGUUUUCCGCCUCACAGUUUUUCGCCGAUUGUCAGAAGUACAACUGCACGGUCGCACAAUACAUUGGCGAGAUGUGCCGGUACAUUCUGGCUACUCCGUCUUCGGCCACCGACAAGGGCCACAAGGUGAGACUGAUUUUUGGUAAUGGACUGCGGCCUCAGAUUUGGCCACAAUUCGUUGAACGGUUUAAUAUUCCCCGAGUCGCUGAGUUCUAUGGUGCUACCGAAGGCAACGCCAAUAUUGUCAACAUCGACAACACCGUCGGAGCGAUCGGAUUCGUGUCGAGAAUCAUUCCUGCCGUGUACCCGAUUUCGAUUAUCCGAGCCGACCCGGCCACCGGUGAACCGAUUCGUGGAAAGGAUGGCUUAUGUCAGGUAUGUGAAUUGAAUGAAUUCCAUAAUGUGGAUUUCAUAGCAGUAAAUAUCUCCUACCUCAGUCGUCUGUUUCCGGAUCCCUUCGCUCUGCGCGCACCUCCUCCUUGCGAUGUACCGGCGAUACAGCAACUCGUCGUGCUGCGUAUUGAGUCUACUAUGCGGGUUUAA